GGGGAAAUGAGAGGGUGGACUAUUUCCUUUUUUUUUUUUUUUUUAAAGUCAUGAGAUGUUGCAUGCCCUCUUUGUAGAAAAUCCACAUCACAAGAUGUAAUUGUUUUUUUUUUCUUUCAGUCAGUCCAAGUUCCCUCUUAGUCAGAUUUUAUUUUUAUUUUUUUAAUGAGUCAUACAGUGAAACCAAAAGCUGUUCCUCUUCCUCUUACGGGAGCCGCAGUAAUGACUCGUCCCGGUAGUUGGAAUGGUCCCUCAUUUCCCUGCAGAUAGGCUUCAGAAGAAUCCACUCUGUUUUAGCUUUGCAAUGAUGGUUGUUGAUGAACCAGAGCUUGAUAACUGGCGUGCCAACUCGUAAUGGCCCCUUCAGAGUUUCUCUGUUAGAUGAGGCAUGGCAACGAAAACGUCUUACCGUUCGCAAAGAAAAGACGCUUUUCCACUGUUGCUUUCCUAGAACUGAGGGUUAAACAAUAGAUAAAAGCUUGAGUGACGUAACAUUUACUGUGUAGCUUGUAAUCAUUGAAGAGAGAUGGCUCGCUCUGCCCUGUUUUCCUUUUGAACAAUGUUUUAACUUCCACUUCCUGGCCUCGGGGGAACUGCAACUUUCUUUGUUCUGGUGCUUAUUAGGCCUCUGCAACAACAGAAUGAAUGGGAACAGCAGACUGGUUUGGAGUUAGUAAAGACGGCGACGCCACACAGAAAUGGCAGAGGAAAAGUCUUCGGCACUGCAGCCUCCGUUAUGGGAAGCUAAAACCGCAGGUGAUCCGGGAGAUGGACCUGCCGAGCCAGGACAACAUCUCCUUGACCAGCACUGAGACCCCACCUCCCCUCUACGUGCCGUCCUCGCAGCAUGGAAUGCAAAAGAUCGUGGACCCAUUGGCACGUGGAAGAGCCUUUCGAAUGGUGGAGGAGGUUGACGGCUACAGCGUGCCUCCGACCCCGAUCACGCCCGGAGCCGCGUCACUUUGCUCCUUCACCAGCUCCCGCUCAGGUCUCAACCGGCUACCUCGAAGGCGCAAGAGGGAAUCGGUGGCCAAGAUGAGCUUCAGGGCUGCAGCUGCACUGGUCAAGGGGCGCUCGUUAAGAGAGAGCACUCUAAAACGGGCGCAGAGGCGAAGCUUCACUCCCGCCAGUUUCAUGGAGGAAGACGUGGUCGACUUUCCCGAUGAACUGGACACCUCCUUCUUUGCUAGAGACAUCCUGAUGCACGAAGAGUUGUCCACAUAUGCAGAUGAGGUCUUUGAGUCUCCGUCUGAGAUGGCCAUCAAAGAGGCAGAGCCCGGCACCAAGAAGGAUGAAAUGGAGCUGACAGGCAGUGCCUUGGAUAAGACUGAGCUUGAGAGAAGUCACCUCAUGCUGCCUCUGGAAAGAGGAUGGCGCAAAGCCAAAGAAGGAACCCCAGGACCACCAAAGGUGCCCUUGCGUCAGGAGGUGGUGAGCGUUCACGGACAGCGGCGUGGACAGCGCAUCGUCGUGCCGGUCAAGAAGCUUUUUGCUCGCGAAAAGAGGCCGUACGGGCUGGGCAUGGUGGGAAAGCUGACGAACCGCACCUACCGCAAACGCAUCGACAGCUACGUGAAGAGGCAGAUCGAGGAUAUGGACGACCACAGGCCUUUUUUCACAUACUGGAUCACCUUUGUUCAUUUAGUCAUCACUAUAUUGGCUGUAUGUAUAUAUGGUAUUGCACCAGUGGGCUUCUCUCAGCAUGAAACUGUUGAUUCUGUUUUAAGAAACAAAGGUGUCUAUGAAAAUGUCAAGUUUGUACAGCAGGAGAACUUCUGGAUCGGGCCUGGUUCUGAAUCCCUGAUCCAUUUAGGGGCCAAAUAUUCUCCAUGCAUGCGACAAGAUGAGCAAGUGCACAAUCUUAUCAGGGAAAAGAAAGCUGUUGAACGCAACUCUGCGUGCUGCGUUCGGAACGAUCGCUCCGGCUGCGUUCAGACUUCGGAGGAGGAAUGCUCGAGUACUCUAGCUGUGUGGGUGAAGUGGCCGAAUGAUCCCGCUAUUUUAAACAGCACCCCACAGUUCAAGGGUAAAGACAGGCAGCAUGGCUCGGUGUGUCAUCAGGAUCCCAGGAUAUGUCUGGAGCCGGCCUCGGUGUCGCCACAUGAAUGGCCCGAUGACAUAACGAAGUGGCCUAUUUGUACCAGGUACAACACAGGGAACCAUACCAACCUGCCUCACAUAGACUGCACCAUCACAGGCCGGCCCUGCUGCAUCGGAACCAAAGGGAGGUGUGAAAUAACAUCCAGGGAAUAUUGUGACUUCAUGAAGGGCUACUUCCAUGAGGAGGCUACUCUUUGCUCGCAAGUGCAUUGCAUGGAUGAUGUCUGUGGAUUGUUGCCUUUCCUCAACCCAGAGAUUCCAGAUCAGUUUUAUAGGCUCUGGCUUUCUCUUUUCCUGCAUGCUGGAAUCCUCCACUGCAUGGUGUCGGUGGCUUUCCAGAUGACCAUCCUGAGGGACCUGGAGAAACUGGCUGGCUGGCUGCGCAUCUCGAUCAUUUACAUCCUCAGUGGGAUCACCGGGAACCUGGCCUCGGCUAUCUUCUUACCCUACAGAGCAGAGGUGGGUCCCGCUGGCUCUCAGUUUGGGAUCCUGGCCUGCCUGUUUGUGGAGCUCUUCCAGUGCUGGCAGAUCCUGGCCCAGCCGUGGAGGGCCUUCAUCAAGCUGCUGUGCGUGGUGCUCUUCCUCUUUGCCUUCGGGCUGCUGCCCUGGAUCGACAACUUCGCCCACAUCUGCGGCUUCAUCUCCGGCUUCUUCCUGUCCUUCGCCUUCCUGCCCUACGUCAGCUUCGGCCGCAUGGACCUGUACCGCAAACGCUGCCAGAUCAUCGUCUUCCUGCUGGUGUUUGUCGGUCUGUUUUCAGGCCUCGUGGUGCUCUUCUACGUCUACCCCAUCAAGUGCGACUGGUGCGAACUGAUCACCUGCAUCCCCUUGACGGACAAAUUCUGCGAGAAGUACGACCUCAACGCCCACCUCCAUUGAAGCGCGAGCAACGAAGCAUGAAGGCAUCAGGUCAAUCGUUGUGGACUGAUCCGAGAGGGAGGGGAACAUUUCCUCUUUCUCUGUGAACUAAAAGAUUAUCGUUGUGUUCUUUUACUGUGUCAUUAUGAAUACCUAUACUCCUCAUCAUAUGGAUUUCCUUUACGUUCCCAUUCACAAUCAUUGUCAGUGCUUUUAUUGUCCAGUGAAACAAAGCUAAGGCACUUCAAAAACCCAUCAAAGCGCCUGGUUUCACUUUACUUGAGAUCAAGUAGUUGGAGAAGCCAAGGCGCUGGUACAGGCUGAAGGAUCAUAUUCAACAUUUGCAACAAUUAUUCAGGCAACCUCAGAAGCAGGGACAAAAUAUAUAUACAUAUAUACCUUUGGUGCCUUGUUGAUAAAUGUACCAACUACUGCCAUAUUUUUGUUACAUUAUGCUGAGCACUCGAAUGUUUCCUUUUGUUUAUUGCUUCUCGAGAAGUGAUUAUUGUUUUGAACACGGCGGCGUUUUAGCCGCCCAUCUAUCCUCAUGUAAUUGAAACGGUAAAAAGAACAAAAAGACAAAAAACGACUCUUAAUUAAUAAAAAAUGUGUGCUACUUUUUC